ACGGGAGCGCGCGCGCCUGCCCGCCCUGUUAUCGUGUCAUUUAUUUAUUUCCUCCUGCCUUGGUGGGUCUAACGUUAUGCCCAGACAAUGACUGCUCACCCUCCUUGAGAGGUGGAAACAGAAGCAAACGUUUUGUCCGCUACUAAUAAUUUGGAAUAAACUGAAGACAUGGAGAACCGGAGGUCUCCGGGAAGCGGGAAAAGAGAGGCGCGAGCCACCGGCACCGGCGCGGAAGAGGACAUUGUCUCGAUGACCAACUCCUCCAUCACUGCAGGUGACACUGAAGGGGAGCUUAUAAGAAUAGAGCGGAUACAGGACGUCCUUGUCAGGAGGGAAUCAGAGCUCAGAUACAUGAGGGAUGACAUGCAACUCUGCAAAGAAAUAACACGACUGAAAAGGGAGCUGCAGAAACUAGUGUCUAUUCCAGACAAAUCUGAUGGGAGCCAGCAAAAGGAGGAGGAGCUGCUCUGGCAGUUGCACAGGCUGGUGGAGACCCGAGACUUUCUGGUAGAAGAUGUGGAGUUUGAGAAGCUGAGGGAAGAGGAAGAAGGCAAAGAACUGGCUGAAUUCCUGCUGUCCAAAGUCUCCGGUGGCUUGAAGGAAAAUAGUCCUGAGGGUACCCAGCUGGCCUCCACGCCAUUCACACCGAAGACUGGAAUCAAUCUGCUCAAGGAGUGCUGUGGCUUCAACUGCUCCCUCAUGUAAUGCAGUGCCCUGUUGGAGUUAAUGGACUGCCAGAGCCUUGGGGACCUCUUAAUUAGCUGGUAGUAUUAUGAUCUUUUGGAUCUUUGUAAAUUCCACAGUAAAAUAAUUUAUUUUCCCUGUAGUAUUUUAGAAUACUAGAGCAUUUGAAAAGCAGCCUUGUACAUAGCAAUUGGUCCUUGGGGGGGGGUGAUCAACUGUUGUGAAUCUUAAUGAAGCAGGCUGAUUAACAUUGCCCUCAGAUUCUAGGUUUCAAGGAUGUCUUUGGCACCUUCUGAACUCAAAAGGCUUCACUUUAAUGGGGUCAGUGUUUGUAUCUCUAUGUCUUGGUCCAGCCUCCCUGGUGUCCUUUUCGCCAUAUAAUCCUGAUGUAUGUUUCUCUAUUGAGCCAUAUACUGUAGCUAAGUCUCCAAAGUCAGAGGAGCAAUGAUUUUGUAGCGGUGGUAGUAGUAGUGAUUUUGUUGUGGUCUUGAUUAAAUCUGGUAGUACGUCUUUCCAAAUCUAUGUUAUCUGUUAUGUAUAGGUUUUCGAAAAAAAACAAACUAUAUACUGUACUUUUCAUGUGUUAAAAGUUUAAUUUUUAUAUUAAAAAAAGGAGGUCUUGGCAUUUAUUUU